GGGAGGCGGGGCCCGAGCGCGUCCCGCGGCGGCCGGAGCCCUGGCGCUGCCCUGCGCGUCCCGCGGUCCCGGAGCGGCGGCCGCCUCGCCCCGCCAUGCUCCUGCUGCUGGGGCUGUGCCUGGGGCUGCCCCUCUGCGCGGGGGCGCAGGGGGAGCCGCGGAGCUGGGGCGACACUUCGGAGCAAGUUGCACUCAGGGUCCCGAGACAAGUCCGGCUCUUGCAGAGGCUGAAAACCAAGCCUUUGAUGACGGAAUUCUCGGUGAAGUCCACCAUCAUUUCCCGUUAUGCCUUCACCACGGUUGCCUGCAGGCUGCUCAACAGAGCCUCGGAGGACCAGGAAGUUGAGUUUCAGAUGCAAAUUCCGGCGGCCGCUUUCAUCACCAACUUCACGAUGCUUAUUGGAGACGAGGUAUAUCGGGGUGAAAUUAUAGAGAGAGAAAAGAAGGAUGGUGACAGGGUGAAAGAGAAACGGAAUAAAACCGCAGAAGAUAAUGGGGAGAAGGGGACUGAAGUGUUCAGGGCCUCUUUGGUGAUUCCCAGCAAGGACAAAGCCGCCUUCUUCCUAAGUUACGAAGAGCUUUUGCAGAGGCGCCUUGGGAAGUACGAGCACGUGGUCAGCGUGCGGCCCCAGCAGCUGGCCGGGAGGCUGUCGGUGGAGGUGAACAUUCUGGAGCAGUCGGGCAUCGCGUCGCUGCAGGUGCUGCCCCUGCAGAACAGCCGGCAGAAGGGCAGUGGACGAGGGGAAGAUGAUUCUGGACCGCCUCCUUCUACCGUUAUCAACCAAAACGAGACUUUUGCCAAAAUAGUUUUUAAGCCCAGUGUGGUGCAACAAGCCAAGAUUGCCCAGAAUGGAAUUUUGGGAGACUUCAUUGUUCGCUAUGACGUCAACAGGGAACAGAGCAUUGGGGACAUCCAGGUGCUAAAUGGCUAUUUUGUGCACUACUUUGCUCCUAAAGACCUGCCUCCAUUGCCCAAGAACGUGGUGUUUGUGCUCGACAGCAGUGCCUCCAUGGUCGGAACCAAACUCCGGCAGACCAAGGACGCGCUCUUCACGAUCCUCCAUGACCUCCGACCCCAGGACCGUUUCAGCAUCAUUGGAUUUUCCAACCGGAUCAAAGUGUGGAAGGACCACUUGAUCGCAGUCACCCCAGACCACGUCAGGGAUGGCAAAGUCUACAUCCACCACAUGUCCCCCACCGGAGGCACAGACAUCAACGGGGCCCUGCAGAGGGCCAUCGCGCUGCUCAACAACUACAUGGCCCAGGACGACAUUGAGGACCGGAGCGUGUCCCUCAUCAUCUUCCUGACCGACGGGAAACCCACCGUGGGAGAGACCCACACCCUCACGAUUCUCAACAACACCCGGGAGGCAGCCCGAGGCCGCAUCUGCAUCUUCACCAUCGGCAUCGGCAACGACGUGGACUUCAGGCUGCUGGAGAGACUGUCCCUGGAGAACUGCGGCCUCACGCGGCAUGUGCAGGAGGAGGAGGACGCGGGCUCGCAGCUCAUCGGGUUCUACGAUGAGAUCAGGACUCCCCUCCUUUCUGACAUCCGCGUGGACUACCCGGCCAGCGCAGUGGAACAUGCCACCAAAACCCUGUUCCCCAACUACUUCAACGGCUCAGAGAUCAUCGUCGCGGGGAAGCUGGUGGACAGGCAGCUGGAUCAGUUGCACGUGGAGGUCACUGCCAGCAACAGCAAGAAAUUCGUCAUCCUGAAGGCGGACGUGCCCGUGGGGCCCCAGAAGGUGGGGGGCGACCUCCCUGGGAGCCCUGGGCCCAGAGGGGACGGUGAGGAGGACCCCAACCCCCUGGAGCGCCUCUGGAGCUACCUCAUGGUGAAGGAGCUGCUGAGCUCGUGGCUGCAGAGUAACGACGGGCGGGAGAAGGAGCGGCUGCGGCAGCGGGCCCAGGCGCUGGCCGUGAGCCGGCGCUUCCUCACCCCCUUCACCACCAUGAGGCUGAAGAAGCCGGGCCCUCCCUCGGGCAGCCUGGAGGAGGCCCAUGGCCUGUCGGCUGCGGUGGGACCCGAACCGGUGUUGCAGAGCUUGCGAGGGGCCAGCACGCUGCCAGGACCCGCACUGGAGAAACCACACGAGCCAAGAAUUAAAAUCUCCAAAACAUCAGUGGAUGGAGACCCCCAUUUCGUGGUGGACUUCCCGGCGAGCAGACUCACCGUCUGCUUCAACAUCGACGGGCAGCCCGGGGACAUCCUGAGACUGGUCUCGGAUCACGUGGACUCCGGCGUGACAGUGAACGGAGAGUUAAUCGGGGCCCCCGCUCCUCCCAACGGCCACAAGAAGCAGCGCACGUACUUCGGCACCAUCACCAUCCUCGUCAACAAGCCCGAGAGGUCGUACCUCGAGAUCACACCCAACAGAGUCAUCCUGGACGGGGGGGACAGGCUGGUCCUCCCCUGCAACCGGAGCGUGGUGGUGGGCAGUCGGGGGCUGGAGGUGUCUGUGUCCGCCAAUGCCAACGUCACCGUCACCAUCCAGGGCUCCAUUGCCUUCGUCAUCCUCAUCCACCUCUACAAGAAGCCGGCUCCCUUCCAGCGGAACCACCUGGGCUUCUACAUCUCCAGCAGCCACGGCCUCUCCGGCGGCUGCCACGGCCUGCUAGGUCAGUUCCUGCACCAGGAGGCCGAACUCACAGAGGAGCCCAGGGGGCUUGGCAGGAAUCUCACUCACCUGCUGUCCUCCCAGGUGCCGGAGCCGUCUGAGGCCGUCCUCAAAGUGAAAGGGCGCCGGGUCCCCGUGGUCUGGAAGCAGAGGAAGAUUUACAACGGGGAGGAGCAGGUGGACUGCUGGUUUGCCAGGAACAGCGCCGCCACGCUGAUCGACGGGGAGUACAGGGAUUACCUGGCGUCUCACCCGUUCGACACAGAGAUGACGCUUGGCCUGGGAAUGCCGGAGGGACGCUGAGGCUGGCACGAGUGCGUGGCAGGGUGGGUGAUCGGGGGGACUCGGUGGUGCAGCUCAUCUCGGGGCCCGUGUGCUGUGUGCGCCUCCGCUCUUGGCAAGCAGCUGCCCCCGUGACCCUCGCCGGGUGGGGUGUAGGUCCCGCGUCUGUGAGCAGAGGGGACGGGCGGGGAGCUCGAGCGCCAGUGUCACUUCCUCCUACUCGCUCUUCCUGCCUCCUGCACCCUCCCUUCUGCAGCAGAGAAACCUGGUAGCACCGCGGGGAGAAAGGUCACAGUCAAAAGCAAGAGAGUCUGUUUCUUGUGCCAACCGGCUUGUCUGUCCCACAGCCCUCCGUAAGGUCACACCUGCUGGUGAAGGAAGGUUGCUGCGAAACGUGUUUUCUCCGUGGAAACGGCCAACCUCGGGCAGUCUGCUUUUUGCCUCAUGCUGACGCUUAGGAAUCUCUCCUUUUAGUACCGUGCGUUCCCCAGAUGUUCAGCCAACCUCUGCCUCAAAGGAAGCUCCCGUGGAAGCCAGGCCACCGGUCAUGCAAACGGUGCAUGAAUGCGAUCAUUGUAAACAAUUGAGUCUUUUCUUAGGAGAGGGUUUUCUUCUGCUGUGGUAUCUCACCCUUAAAAUUAGUUUUCAUUUGCAAAAGUAGUUGAACAUGGAACAAUGGGCAUUCUCUCUCUGAUGGGCUUUGUAAACCGCUUGACUUUGUGAGUGGGUAUUCUCCAGUUUAUUCCAGUAAGACAACAGACAACCCGCGUGGGUGGCUUUCACUGGCCCGUCUUGGUGCUGGAGAGUCUGCCUGUGCAGUGAUGAAACUUUUACUUGGAGCCCUUCGGCCUUUGCCAGAGUUCCUGGACCAUUACGGCUUGUGGUCCUCCAGGAGGUGAUGAAUCACAUGUGCAUGGCACUGGGACGGGGGGCAGAGCCAGCACAGGGCGCGCCUGUCAGUGGACCCACAGCGGGAAGCGUGUACGUGCUUAGAGAAGUUGAAAAGGCUUCCCUCCUCUCAGAUGGGCAAAAACCAGGAAAUCCGUGUGAACAGGGAGUUUGGUUCCAAAACUUGUACAAACCUGAUCUGCUAAGGAAAAGGUUAAAAUCAGCGAAGGUCACCCUUCUCAUU